AUGAUGGCGAUGACGAUGGAGUACAGAGACGUUGCCGGGUUUCUAAAUAGCAUUGAGGAUGAUGCGAUAAACAAGGAGCAUAUUAAUGCCGUCAGCGCAUUUCUAGAGAAGAAUAAAAGGCAGUUACUGGAAUUGCAAUUGGGAUCAAAUGAGAGCACCAAGCACAAUGAUAACAACGAUACUAAGAGAAUUAUUGCUAGGAAAAUAUUGGGAUAUGACUACGAUUUUGAGGGGUCCAAUGAGUAUAAUUUGAAUGAGUUUCUGGAGAAAGAAUUGUUGGAACGUAACUCGAUGGUGGAUAUUAUGGUUGAUCUAAAUACUAGGCGGCACAUAUGCGAUAGAUACAUUCCUGAUUUGAAUGUAAACAAUGCAAAGAAUGAGGAUUCAUUGACCGGAAGAAUAUCGACUGUUAUUGAUGUUCUGCUGAAUACUCUAACAGCAACAAAUAGUGUCGACGAAUGUGUCUUACAAUGUAUGGACCACUUGGAAGAGUUGCACCUCGACAAUGAGGACACAAUCCAAGAUAUAAUUGAUUUGAUCAUCAACUAUAACAUUCUGUAUUGUUUCAAACUAUUGAAGUUAUUAACACUAUACAUAAUAAACCGUAACGUGGCUGUCUCUUUAACCCAGAAAUGGUUUUCUAAUUUUAGCGAGAUUGUUAAUCAAGUUACACUAAUAUCUUCUACCCAUUCAAACAGAAGAUUCUUGGAUAAUACAGAAAGGUCAAUGGUUGAUACAUUAUUCAUUGCUAAAUUAGAAUCAACAAUUUCCAUUGUAUCAAUAGUGUUUUUGGGAUUAUCUAGCGCUCGAGAAGAUAGCAAUCUCAAUAUGGAUACUGACUUCCUACAUGACGUUGCUACAUUCGAACUAGUACACUCUGUUCUGUUGGAUGAGAUGCAUAAAAAGCGUAUGCCAAUUGUUCUGUAUAUGUGGUCUUUUAUUCUUUGCGCAAAAUCAAUUAUAGCAGAGGAUGAUAGCGACGAAAUAACAUCGAUUAACGAGCUAGAUUUUAUUAGAAAAUGCUUUCCACAAGAUUCAAUUCAUUCUAUGAGUAUACUAUUUGCUAAAAAUGCAGAAGAUAUUGGUCUCUUGGCGAAGUUCCUUGAGACAUCAAACUGCAUAAGAAACGAUAAUAUCUUCACUACUCUAUUUGCAUCUUUCAUGACAUUAUCGGUCAAUUUUAUCCCUUUUACAGCAUCUACUACUAAAAUUAUCAAAUCAGUGCUUAAUGAUCUACCAAGGGGUGUCAUCGAGAACUUUAUUUCAAAUAAUGCAUUUAUUACAAAAUUCGAUACAAUCAAGGCAAAAUUACCUCUAAUUGAUGAAGGUUUACUUCCCUUUAUUAAUCUCACUUCAAUAAAUGAGGAGCUGGCUGAAUUUAACUGGGAAGCAUUUGGCUCUUAUGCUGUAAAAAUGCCAUUAGGCUCAAUAGAUUAUGAUGUGGCGGAUAGAAGUAAUAGUAACGAUUCUUCUACCCUAGAGCAAAUUCAACUCAGCUCUGAAGUGUUGGUAAAACCACCAUUUGAACAAGAUGAUGAUGUAUUAAUGCCACUCCCCAAAUCGACAAAGGCUUUUAUUGUGGCUGACGUGCCCGCAAUUACCUCUGGGAAGGAACAUACAAAAGACUCAAUAGUGAAAUACAAUUCUGAAGAUGGAAGUAGUAACUUUACGACAAAUAAUGUUACUAACGAAACGCUUCUUGUCUUUGACUAUCAGUAUAAUGGAUGGUCAUUGCUAGGAAGAAUAUUACAAAAUUUAUCCAUUUUAUACACUGUCAAAGGGAAUGAUAUCAAUUAUGAACAAAAGGAAUUUAUGAUAGCCGCUAUCAGUCUUUUGUCUAAUAUCAUGUCUUCUACUAUACCUGUUGAUCAUUCAAUUAAAAUAUUAGAGUCACUUUCUUCGCAAUUAUCCAAACCAAGAGAUGAUGACAUAAUAUCUGUGGUAUUUAAAAUUUUUGAAAGAGCUUUGCAUAAGAGAAAUUAUGAGCUACUGUGCAUUUGUGCCUCCUUUACUAAUGUUCUAGUCCGUAGAUUCCCACACUUCGUAUGGGCCUACCUUUCGACUUCUGACUUGUUAGAUCACUACGGAAAAUCCGGACUUGUGAAUAUUAUUUUAGGAUCAAUUGAGCUAACAAAUGGUGAAUAUGACUUUACAAUUUCUAUCGCUAAGAUGACUGUAGGCUUGAUUGAUGAUGCUGUUACCACUAGCCUAUAUUCUGAUUCUGGGGUACCAUUGAAGACUAAAAAAUCGAUUUUAUCAAACCUUAUCGUUCAUUUGCUAAAUGUUUAUGAAAGUUUUCAGUUCUGGAAAUAUUCUAAAUCUAUAGAACAAAGAUUUGAGCUCUCUCUGGAACUAACAAAAGCCUUUUCAAAAAUACUCUACUUUGUUCACGGAAUUGAUUCAGAAACACCUCCGGAAAACAAAAUUACGAAUGUACUUUCAAAAGCAGCGGAUACAAUCACCAACGCAUUCUUAGUCCCAGACUCCUACGAUCCUCCUGUGGUGAUCUCAUUAAUAAAUACUAUCACAUCCCCCAAGAAUAAAACAAUUUAUAUUUUUGGAAAUGGGCUAUUUGAUGAACUAUAUGAUCAUGUUGUUCAAAAAGCAUACGAUUUAGCUAAUCUUCUGGUUUCUAUUAGAGGAGUUUCAAAACUCAAUGCCAGCUCUCUUGAAAGGAUGUUGUUUUGCCAAUCACCUAAAUUAAUCGACAUUUAUUUAACUAAACCAACAUUAAAAAUAUCAAUAGUGAAAUUAUUGAACAGCCUGGUUGGAGUACCAUGGUCUAGUGAGUAUCCAUUUUUGUACUCAUAUCUUGGACAUACUUACUCUGAAAAGUUUUUGUCUUCAAUUAUCAAGGAUUUGACCACAACACUACAGGAUUAUCAACUGGCAAAGACGCUAUAUGUUUUUUUUGGAACUUUGAUAAGAAGCAAACAAGAUGGUUUAUCAAUCCUAUUCCUAACGGGAAGAGCUCCGGAUAAAGCUAUAUCGUCCAGUUUAAAGAAUACUUCGAAAGACAACCAAAUUUCUAUCUUGAACGUAUUGAAGAACAAUGCAAAAAAAAUGGAUCAAUAUCCUGAGACAACCUGCUGUUAUUUGCUUGAGGCCAUAUCCUAUGCAUUUAAUACAUGGAGUAAUGCGAGAAACUUAGAUGAAGACAAUGACUUUAUUGUAUCUCUGCUUAAUAAGCUGGAAAAUUUAAUGGAUGCAACUGUUGGAACUAAUUCCUCAGACGAUAGCCAGGUGACUCAUGACAAAGAAUUGAAAAGACGCUAUAAGCUAAUUGCUAGAAUUGUAGAGAUUUUUGCUCUAUACAUUUUUACAUCGAAAAACCCUAAUAGUGAUUUAAUGUCUUUGCUUGAAAGUGACAAGAUUGUUCCUCACCUCCAAAAGUUUUUCUUGAUCGAAGGUUACCAAAGUGACUUACAGACAAACCUAGAGAAGAAUAUAUCAGAAAUUUGGAACAAAGCAGAACUUUCUAUGUUCGCUCUUUCACCUAUUGCCAAAACAUUCAUUAAUUUUGACGAUAACAUUUUUGACAUUUCGAUAUUGGAUCAAUGUUUAGGUAAUGACUCGUCUUGGACUGGUACCGAUAGCAUAAGAAAUCAAAUUAUCGAUGCAUCUUCUAAUUUACAAAGCACAGUAGCUCAAGUAGCUGCAGCUAAAUCAUGGGGCGCUUUAAUUACUGCUUUCAUCAAGAGAAAAAAUAGUAUUGUUCCAGAAUGCUACAUGUCUUUGCUAUCCGAUCUUUUACAAUAUAAUAUCGAGUAUGGCGUUGAAGCUCCUAUUUUCACAGAUGUUUAUAUGGAAAGAUUAGAGCUUGUGUUUUUUUUCUUGUACAAUAUUCACAAUAACGGUCAACAGCUUCCAGAUAAAAAUAUCCAAAAACUAUUAGCUCAAUUAUUAGAAAUACUCAAAAGUCCAGAGGUUAAUUUUUUGACAAAUAUACCGGAAAAUACUGGUUCAUUGCUAUACAGACCAAUAUUACGUUCCAUCUUACUAUUACUAUCUAUGGUAAAAGAUGGCCCUCAAUUUGUGGAGCUAAAUGCCGACCUUCUAAUACAAACCAACGAAGAAUCCUUCUGUAAAGGACUAUAUUUGCUAUUCUCUAAUAUUCUCUCCGAAAUCAAUAGCAUGAAAGCUACAUCUGGACAAUAUUCUAUUGCAAACAUCGAUGAAAAAAUUCAGGACAUUUCUCUAUUACUGAAUAUAGUUGUAAAAACACAGGAGCUAAACCCCUCUUCAGAAUUCAAUUCCAUUUUUGCUUCAUCACUUUAUGAAGUGGGUACAUUACAAGUGAUGCUAAAUUUAUAUUCCAGCUCCCAUUUGUAUUUAGUCAACGAUGAACCAAUCCUGGGUCAGUUAAGUUUGAGCAUUAUUGCAGAAUUGUGCAUGAUAAGAGAAGUUGCAGAAAAACUUAUAACUAAUGGACUAUUUACAGUUCUUGUUGAAUCUCCACUUUCGGUUGCGUUACAGAGAAAUGCGAUUAAAACUUCAAGUCAACCAAGGAUCCAUUAUAUUUGGAGCAAUGGAUUAUUGUCAAUUACCUUAAUUCUAUUGAGUAACUUCGGUUCGAAAAUCUUACCAGAGACCUAUCUUUUCAUCUCUUACUUUUCCAAUCAGAUCGGAAAUGUCUUGAGUUCUUGGUUCGACAGCAACAUGUCUGUAUCAACUGCUUUAGUCAAUGAAACUAAACAAAUAAUCCUAUUGCAAAAAAUGCUGGAGGCUAUAAACAAGGUCAAUUCAGUAUCCACAUCCAGAAACAACAGUACAGUUCAGAACCCGGAUAAUGUGAAACAAAUCCCAGGUCUUGUUUCAGAACAGGACUAUAAGCAAUUGAAUUCUGCCUUGAAGAAAUUGUUAACUCAUCCAAAAUAUCUAAAUUCCAGAAUAGUUGCUUCUACGACUGAUGAACAACAUAUGCUGGAGGAAAUAAGCAGACGAAAUGAGCUGUCCACGAUCAUUUCUAAUCAAAUCAAAGAAAUACAAGAUUUGCUUUUUGAAACAUUGUAA